GUUGAGAGCGCUAGACAGGAACCAGAACUGACCGCCAUGCGACUGGGCGCAAAGGAGCCCAGGGCCGCGGAAUGUCGAUGGAUUUGCGGUUUCUCAGCCUCCCGUGCGUUUUUGCGGCUUCAAUGUUGCAGUAUAUCCGCUUCGCAAAGAAGCCCAUGGCAGCACCUUUCCACAGGGUCACAGAGCGUGGCGCUCGCCGCUUGCUGCUGGUUGGCUUGGUAGCUGAAUUGAUAGUGCUUAGACUCUUGCCCCUGACGCAGGUGUAUCCAAUGAACGCCUCGUGCCUCGUUUGUCUCUACUUUUGGAAGGAGUCCAAAAGAGCCAAAGUGCUGAAGAUGAACGAGGUGGUCGCCUGCCUCAUGGCGUUGGCCGCCUGGGGCCUGCCCUGCCUGGGCGAAACCGAAGAGUUCCGGGUGGAGGGGCUGCCAAGCGUCCUGCUGGCGCCCAGGACCUGCGGGUAUGCGGUGGUGCUGCUUCUGCUGGGCAUCCUGUGCUGCCUCGGCAGCGGCUUCCAAGGUCUGAAUGGUGCCUUCCUGAGCUGCCUGCCGUCCGCCUUGAACUUUGGCGUGUCCGCGAUGCUUCUGAAGGCUGUUGCACUUGUUGGAGCCAGCCUGCUGACAGCUCCGACAAAGUUGGAGCAUUUGGCGGCUUUUCCCGUUCUCUCCCUGCUUAUUUUGGCAGUGCGCAGCGCUGCUGCCUCGCCGUUGAGGAAAGCUCUCGAGGUGCAUGACACCCUCAGUGUUCUUGCAGCCUAUGGUGUCCUGUCAGGCCUCGCAGCUUCCAUCACCGGUGGCCUCAUCUACGGUGAGCUGGCUGCGUGGUCUGUCGAGCGUCAGGCCGUUUAUGCUGGCCUUUUGGCUGCCCACUGCUGGGGCAUGCGCGCUCUGAGCGGCAGCGGCGAGCUGCGAGGCGCGGCAGCACCGCAGAAGGCCAAGACUGAGGCUGAAGGUGGCGGACGCCGGCAGGUGGUGGACGACCGCGCCGCUGCCAACGAGGCGCGAGGCAUCGAAUUGGCCAGACCCAAGUCUCCUCCGGUGCCUGGAGGCGUGCCAGCCGCGGCGGCCCCACCGGUGACCGAGGACAACAACCCGCUUUUGGACUUCGAUGAGGGAGCCGCCCGGCGGAGGACGGUGGAGGACGAUGCCAUGAUGGAGGAACAGCUCUUUGCCAAAGCGCUUGCGCCCCUGGCGGCCGAAGCCACAGACGGCGCAGGCAUAGCGGAGCCUCAAUUUGACGCAGAUUUCGAGGAGCUGAUGCGCCGCUUCGAUGAAGAUGACCGUGCUGCGCCCAUCACGGAGCUCGCCUUGGAGAGCGUGGAGGACGAUUCCUCUCCGGCGGCAGCACCUGUCAUUACUGAUGCAGCAGCUGCAAUUCCUGAUGUGACGCCUGCCAAUGCACCCGUCCUUACGUUGGAUGCGCAAAUGCUGCUGGACAGCAAUGCGCCCGAAGAUGAGGACGAGCUGCUCAAGGACAUUGAAGACAUCGGAUGAUCCUGAAUCUGACGGUAGGGAGCUGCUUGCAGGCCAAGCCAAGGCUUGCAUGCCUGGCAAGUUGCUUGUUGGGCGUGGG